AUGGCUAAAUACCUCGAGUUGCUCAUUAAAAGCGACACUAGGUUCGAGAUAAUUGGUGAUGUCACCAUGGGUCUUGUAUGCUUUCGAAUCAAGGAUAGCAAUGAUUUGACCAAAAGACUCCACAAGCGUCUGGAGAAUGAUGGUCGAAUACAUCUAGUUACAGCCAGUGUCAAAAUGCCGGAGGGAGAGGAGAUCUUUUUCAUUCGAAUUGCAAUUGUCCACAUCUUCACCGACGAAGCAAUUUGCGAAUACGCAUUCAAAGUCAUUGUCGAUGUUACUAAUGAGUUAACAGUUGGGCAGUAA